UUCGAUUUCUGGACAAAUAAGGAUGGAUCAAGCGGACCGUGCAAAGCGCUUGAAGGCACUCCGUGAUGCGAGGGACAAGAAGGAAGGGUUCGUUCCGGCAGAGGAGAAGGAAGAGGUAGUGGUCGUCAAAGAUGUCUCAUUAACAGCGCAAGAAGGGUCGGUGUCCCCUGCCGGCGAUGUGGCGACCUCCGACGACAACACGACGGACGAAGUGUUGACCAUCGCGCCGAAGAAACCGACUUGGGACUUAGAACGAGGACUGGAGAAGCAGAUGAAGAAGCUGGAGCGUCGCACACAGAACGCCAUUGUGGAAAUCCUACGCGAAAAGAUGGAGCGUGAAAUGCAAAACGAUGAAGACGAUGGCAGCGACGAAGAUGCCGAGGCGGCAUAGAUAGAUCGACCAAGUCGGCGUGCAUCCCAUGAUCACAGUCCCAACUAUCGUAGUAUGUAUCACAACCCCCUCCUCUUUUUCCCAAUACACCGUACUAUCAAUCAUUGCCAAGUUG